AUGCGGGCGGCCGAGUGGCUCGCGGGGCUGCUCUACCAGCUCUCGCUCCUGGUCGCCCGCUCUUGGGAACUUCGCUUGCACCCCAGGCAAGAAGCCCUGGUGAAGACGCUGACCUCCUACGAGGUGGUGACCCCCGAGCGGGUCGACGAGUUCGGAGCCGCCUUCCCCGAGAGCCGCCACUUCAGCCGCAGGAGGCGCAGCCCCGGGGCGCCCGAGCCCACGCCGGCCCUGACCCUCUACCGCAUCAGCGCCUACGGGCAGCUCUUCCAGCUGAACCUGAGCGCCGACGCCACCUUCCUGGCCGCGGGCUACACCGAGGUGCACCUGGGAGCCCCCGCGCGCGGGGCGCACGAGCGAGGCGCGGCGCCCCCAGACCUGCGCCACUGCUUCUACCGCGGCCGGGUGAACGCGCGCGCCGAGUUCACGGCUGUCUUCAGCCUGUGCGGGGGUCUGAUGGGAACAUUUAAAGCGCACGAUGGGGAGUACUUCCUGGAGCCGCUGGUGAAUGCUGAUGGCAGCGAGCCCGAGGACUCACACAACAAGCCGCACCUCAUCUACAGGCGGGACGCGGGGAGGACGCCACUGCCGCCACGCAGGCCGUGCGGUGUCACAGAGAAUCAAAUAAAGAAAGCUGCUCUCGCAUUUCGUAAGCACAGUAAUGUGAAUGCAGAUGUUAAUAUAAAGAAGGGCAUAGUUUUAGAAUACCCUUCAAAAAAUGCAUCGUUGGAACAUGAAAGGAGUCCGUCACAUUCCAGGAACAAGCGGUUUUUAUCGUACCCAAGAUACGUGGAGGUCAUGGUCACCGCCGACUCCAAGAUGGCGCGUUAUCACGGGCAGAAUCUGCAGCACUACAUACUCACCCUGAUGUCAAUUGUUGCACAGAUCUACAAGGACUCAAGUAUUGGAAAUCUUAUAAACAUUGUACUCGUAAAAUUAAUUGUGAUUCACAAUGAACAUGAAGGACCAGUCGUCAGUUCCAAUGCAGGAAGCACGCUGCAGAAUUUCUGUUCAUGGCAGCAAACUCAGAAUGUCCUUGACGACGCGCACCCUGACCACCACGACACAGCUGUCCUUAUCACCAGGGAAGACAUUUGUGGUGCUAAAGAAAAAUGUGACACAUUAGGCCUAGCAGAAUUAGGGACCCUGUGUGAUCCUUCCCGGAGCUGCUCUAUCAGUGAAGAGAAUGGACUGAGUGCUGCCUUUACCAUUGCCCACGAGCUGGGCCAUGUGUUUAAUGCUCCCCAUGACGACAGCUUCAAGUGUAAAGAAGUUGGAAUUAAACAUCCGUAUCAUGUGAUGGCCCCGACUUUAAAUUACGAAACAGUCCCCUGGACCUGGUCAAGAUGUAGUCAGAAAUACAUCACGGAAUUCCUCGACACUGGCCACGGCGAGUGCAUUCUGGACAAACCAAGUGGAAGGACCUAUGAGCUGUUUUCAGAACUUCCUGGAUCCCUGUACGAUGUGAACAAGCAGUGUGAACUCAUGUUUGGUCCUGGCUCACAAGUGUGUCCCUACAUGAAACAGUGCCGGCGGCUGUGGUGCACGGGCACAGAAGGCGUUCACAAGGGCUGCCGCACUCACCACAUGCCGCUAGCGGACGGGACGGCCUGCGGCACUGGCAUGCAUUGCUAUCAUGGCGUGUGUGUAAACAAAGAGAUGGAGAUGCGUCCCGUGGAUGGUGACUGGGGCUCCUGGGGCCCCUACAGUUCUUGUUCAAGAACAUGUGGAGGUGGCAUCAAAAUCACAAGCAGGCUCUGUAAUCGUCCCGAGCCAAGAAACGGAGGAAAGUACUGUGUGGGCCGCAAGAUGAAAUUUCGGUCAUGUAACACUGAUUCCUGUCCAAAAGGCAAGGAAGACUUCCGCGAGAAGCAGUGCUCUGAUUUUGAUGGUAAACAUUUGAACAUCAAUGGUGUCCCCUCUAACGUGAGGUGGCUGCCCAAGUACAGUGGGAUUGCCAUGAAGGAUCGCUGUAAGCUCUACUGCCGCGUCGCCGGGACCACCCGCUUCUACCAGCUCAAGGACAGGGUUACCGACGGCACUCCGUGCGGGGCUGACACCAGCGACAUCUGCGUGCAAGGCACGUGUCGGCAAGCCGGCUGUGACCAUGUGUUGAACUCCAAGACCAGGAAAGACAAGUGUGGCGUGUGUGGUGGGGACGGCUCUUCUUGCAAGACGAUGUCCGGGGUUUUCAACAGGGCUCACUAUGGUUAUAAUGAGAUCGUGAAGAUUCCCUCAGGAGCAACAAACGUUGAAAUCCUUCAGCACAGCUAUUCUGGAAAAGCAGAGGAUGACAAUUACCUGGCAUUAUCUGAUAGUCAAGGGAAUUUCCUCUUGAAUGGGAACUACGUUGUGACUAUGGCCAAGACAGAAAUCAGUGUGCAAGGGGCUGUUUUUGAGUACAGUGGAUCCAACAGCUCCGUUGAAAGACUUAAUGGCACUGAUCGGCUGGAACAAGAGCUCGUUUUGCAGGUGUUGUGUGUGGGUAACCUAUACAACCCCGACGUCCAUUAUUCCUUCAAUGUUCCUCUGGAGGACAAGAGCGAGCCAUUCACGUGGGACCCGUCCGGCCCGUGGCAGGACUGCUCCAAGAUGUGCCAAGGUGUUCAAAGGAGAAAACUUGCCUGCAUACGUAAGAGUGAUCACACGGCUGUGUCGGAUCAAAGUUGUGAGCACCUGCGGCCCCCACUGCUGCUGACGGAGAGGUGCAAUACAGACUGUGAGCUCAGGUGGCACAUCGUUGGCAAGAGCGAAUGCUCGUCCCACUGUGGUCCGGGACACAGGUCCCUGGAUGUCCGCUGCAUGAAGUAUUCCAUUCAUAAAGGACAGACUGUCCCAGUAGAUGACCACUACUGCAGCGACCAGCCUAAACCGCCCGUCCGAGAACCAUGCCACGGUGACUGUGUCUCUGCGAGAUGGCAUUAUUCAGAAUGGUCUCAGUGUUCCAGGAGUUGCGGUCCGGGGGAAAGGUCUCGAGAAGCCAUCUGCGUCAAUAACUUCGGCCACCGUCUCGCUGACCAGGAGUGUCAGGAGCUUCCCCGUGUGACCACCGAGAGCUGCAACGAGGUUCCUUGUUCCCGCUGGGCCACUAGUGAGUGGAGUGAGUGCUCAGCCACGUGUGGACGUGGGUCCCAGAUGCGUGCUGUGAAGUGCAUCAGUGAGCUGUUGGGCACGGUGCUGGAGGAGCGAGAGUGCUCUGGGACCAGCCGCCCCCAUGACCGGCAGGACUGUGAGGUUGCACCCUGCCCAGGUAUCUCCCACAUUGUGGCCACUUCACGGCCCCCUCUUCCCAUGGGAAUGGCAGCACAGUGGCGACAUGGUUCCUGGACCCCCUGCUCUGUGUCUUGCGGGAGAGGCACCCGGGCCCGCUACGUGAGCUGCCGUGAUGCGCACGACGAGGCAGCUGACGAGGCGCGCUGUGCGCACCUGCCCCGGCCUGCUGAAACAGCCGCCUGCGCGAACCCCUGUGGAGAGUGGCAGACAGGGAGCUGGUCCCCGUGUUCUGCCUCCUGUGGCCGUGGAAAAGCAACUCGACAAGUCGUGUGCGUGGGCUACCAUCAGCCGAUUGACGAGAGCUACUGUGACCCCGAGGCGCGCCCUGUGACGGAACAAGAGUGCGCCCUGGCCGCCUGCUCACCCACCCAUGGCCAUGGCCACAACCACGACGCCCACUUCCGUUCCUCCGAGCAGCCAAGCCUUCAUCCGGGCAGGAGUUUUCCCCUCAAUCACAAGCUCGAAGAUCCUCAGAAUCAAGGGGUCCCCCCUGUGGCUGGAGAACUCCAGUGGCGAACAGGACCUUGGGGUUCGUGCUCCAGCACCUGCGCCCGAGGCCUCCAGCACAGGGCUGUGGUCUGCCAGGAUGAAGACGGACGCAGCGCCAAUUCCUGCGACGCCGCCACCAAGCCCCCAGAGUCCAGGCACUGUGAUUCCGGCCCUUGUCCACGGUGGAUCCAUGGGAACUGGGGAGAAUGUACACAGACAUGUGGAGGAGGAAUAAAAUCAAGAUUUGUAAUAUGUCAGCUUCCCAAUGGCCAAGUAUCACAAGAGCACCACUGCGAAAUCUCAGACAAGCCACCUCAUGUGGCCCAGUGCCACACGCACGCGUGCCCCGAUGGUGUGUCGUGGCAUCGGGGGCCGUGGAAGUCGUGCUCGGCUUCCUGUGGGAAAGGUAUAAAGCACCGUGAUGUGCUUUGCGUUCACCAGUUCCAAGGGAAAGUGGGAGAAAAAUACUGCAGCCACCUGCCCAAACCUCGAACCCACAAAGCCUGCAGAUCCCCCAGAUGUCCUUCAUGGAAAGCCAAUAGGUGGAAGGAGUGCUCUGCGACCUGCGGCUCUGGAGUCCAGCAAAGGGAUGUGUUCUGCAGGCUGCGAGGUGUGGGCCCAGUGCCCGAGGAGAGGUGUGACCCGUCCAGCCGGCCCUAUUCUCACAGGCAGUGUUGGCGUCAGGAUUGCGUGCAGUACCGGUGGACGGCAGAAGAGUGGCUGCGUUGUUCAUCAUCAUGCAAGAAGAAAGAGACCUAUCGGGUGGUGAAAUGUACUGAUGCGCUGGGCGUCCCAGUGAGCGACAGUCUCUGUGACCCUGCGACCAGACCUCUGUCUGUCCAGAAAUGCAGGAACCCUCUCUGCAAGUAUGUCGUGGUAACAGGUGACUCCUCACAGUGCGCAGGCAACUGUGGGUUCAGCCACCGACAGCGGAUCACGUACUGCGUCGGGACCCCGUCGGCGAGGAAGCAGAAGGCCCUGCAGCUGCGGCCUGUGGCCUAUCGAGAGUGCCCCGUGCUGCCCCCCCCUCAGGCUUACCCGUGCAUCGCGAGGAGGUGUUUGCGUGUGGCCUCCUGGAAGGUUGGGAAGUGGAGCAAGUGCUCGGUGACCUGUGGAACUGGAGCAGUGGAAAGAAGGGUGGAGUGUGUGACUGAAGAUGGGUGGCCCAGUGACUUGUGUUUGAAGCAUUUAAGACCACAUGCUCAAAAGAAGUGUUACGUCAGUGACUGUAACUCACUUACCACCUGCAAGGAAAUCCAAGUGAAAAACAACAUCACGGACGAUGGUGACCAUCUCCUUAAUGUUAAGGGAAGACUCAUAAAGAUCCACUGUGCAGGCAUGCACUCGGACAACCCCAGGGAGUACUUACCACUGGUCAAAGGAGAGCAAGACAACUUCUCGGAGGUAUAUGGCUCUAGGCUGCAAAACCCCUAUGACUGUCCUUUCAAUGGGAGUAGGAGGCAAGACUGUGAAUGUAAACACGACUACCUGGCUGCUGGAUACACAGUUUUCAGCAAAAUAAGAGUCGACCUCACUUCCAUGCAGAUUAAAACCACAGACCUCCUGUUUUCCAAGACACUCUCUGGAAAACCAGUUCCGUUGGCCACAGCUGGAGAUUGCUACAGUGCUGCCCGAUGCCCGCAGGGACAGUUUAGCAUCAACUUGGCAGGAACAGGGAUGAAGAUUUCCAGCACGGCCAAGUGGCUCGCUCAGGGCAACUAUGCCUCAGUCGUCAUCCGCAGAUCCCAGGAUGGAACCAAAGUGUACGGCAGGUGCGGAGGGCUCUGUGGGAAGUGCGCUCCCCACGGGACUGCCGGGCUCCCAGUUCAAGUGCUGUGA